ACGACGGCGAGGGGUUUUGGUAGCGUUGCCGUGUGGCGCUGUGUGAUCCGCGCGCUGCGUGUAUGGAGGAAGCAGCUGCUGAUCUGAUCUCUGACAUUGUGUGAGACAGACAUCUGAAUAAAACUGCGCAUGUCUUUUACAAACACACCGAACCGGGACACGACUUGAAUGAUUACCACUUGGAUUUAAUGGGUCCAAUCAUUGGGAUGUCACCAGAUAAGAAAACGGAAAUUCCGGGUAUGCAAGAUGAGCGGACAGGACUUCGAGGUGUUUGUGGCAUGGGAACCCUGCCCGAGGCAGAGUGUGCAUCCAGCCCGCUCGCGACGAAUGUGGAUCGUACCGGAGGCACAGAGGACGAGGAGCUCACCAACCUCAACUGGCUCCACGAGAACCUACUUCAGAACUUCACUCUCGGAGGGCCCGAAGCUCAGCCGAGCGGCAGCUCCCUCUUUGACAUAGAAGGAGAUUACGGGUCAAACCAGGGCCCGUCAUCCUCCCCUUCAUCAUCUUUGUCUCACAAUAGAGGCAGGGAGCGGGACUCGUUGAAGUCUAAGCCUCCUUUCUCAUUUUCCCUCCUCAUCUACAUGGCCAUUGAGCAGUCUCCCAGCAAGUCCUUGCCCGUCAAAGAAAUCUACGGCUGGAUACUCGAGCACUUCCCCUACUUCUCCAACGCUCCCACCGGCUGGAAGAACUCGGUUCGUCACAACUUGUCUCUAAACAAAUGCUUCCGCAAGGUCGACAGGAGCUUGGGAAAGGUCAAUGGGAAAGGUUCCCUCUGGUGUGUUGACCCCGAGUAUCGCCCCAACCUCAUCCAAGCCCUGAAGAAGCAGCACUUCCCAGCCGCACAUGCCUUCUGCACGCCCCCGGCCUCCCCACCCAGUGCCUCCUCACCUCCUCGUCAUCUCUUUCUUCAAGGCUGCUCAUUCAAAGAGUCUGAUAUUGAUGCUGCCACUGCCAUGAUGCUCUUAAACUCUGCCCCCGGGCACCACGUUGACCCAUGUAAUGCUGACGUUCCGUUGGACCUCUCCCGACCCGAUGCUGUCCUGGUCAGUAGCGAUCCAAAGCAGGACCACAACUACAGCAGUGUGGCGUUGCAGCGCUGCUCCUCCCGCUCCUCCUCUUCCUCCCUUUCCUCCCUGGACGAAGGCGGCUGCGACCGCGGACAGUCUCGCCGCGCUGGCAGCGAGGGUUUCCACAGCGACGAGGACUCCGACCUCUGGGACGAGAGGGGCGUCCAGCAAACUUCUCGACGGUCGUCCGCCAUCAAGUGGCCUAUUAGCAAGAGGGCCCGGCGCGAGGUCAAGCCGGAGCUGGACGAGGAACUGAAGGAAGCUGCCGGCUCCUUGCUACAUCUCGCCGGUAUACGGAGCUGCACAGAAGGGUCCAAACGCACUGUCAAGAGCACAAAACUUAACAGGAAAUGAAGGUCCUUUGGCCCCCAAAAGACUCCGGACCCUGUGAAACCUAUCCUCUGACCCCCGAGCGUGUGUCCCAGUGUGCCUCAUUCUCCUUACCUGAUCGUUCUUUGGCCAUUUUGAGCCUUUUUUUUUUUUUUUUGGUUAGGAGUAUCUCUGUCCUUCAAACAAAU